CCCAAAAUAAGCCACCAGUGUCUUUUGCAUGUGUUUGGGAUCAGGACUUCUGUCUCUCAGGAGGUCUGUCCUUCGCACUUCACCACUAACAUGGCGAAAGGGAGCGGAGCUGAAAAUGGAGCAGGAAAGAAGAACAGAAAAGAGAGGGAUCUGGAUGAGCUGAAGAAGGAGGUGUCCAUGGACGAUCACAAGAUAUCAUUAGACGAUCUGGAAAAACGAUAUGGAGUCGACCUGGCUCAGGGUUUGACCAACGCCAAGGCUUUGGAGGUGCUGGCCAGGGAUGGACCAAACGUGCUCACUCCACCUCCCACAACGCCGGAGUGGGUGAAGUUCUGCCGUCAGCUGUUCGGGGGCUUCUCCUUGCUUCUCUGGAUCGGAGCCAUGCUCUGCUUCCUGGCUUACAGCAUCCAAGUGGGCACAGAGGACGAGCCAGCCAAUGACAAUUUGUACCUGGGAGUGGUUCUGUCAGCUGUGGUGAUCAUCACAGGCUGUUUCUCCUACUACCAAGAGGCCAAGAGCUCCCGAAUUAUGGACUCUUUCAAGAACAUGGUUCCGCAGCAAGCCCUGGUGAUUAGAGAGGGAGAGAAGAUGACCAUCAAUGCGGAGCUAGUGGUCAGGGGAGACCUGGUGGAGAUCAAAGGAGGCGAUCGGAUCCCAGCCGACCUCCGAAUCGUCUCAGCUGCGGGCUGCAAGGUGGAUAACUCCUCUCUGACAGGGGAGUCGGAGCCUCAGACACGAACACCGGAGUUCACCCAUGACAACCCCCUGGAGACUCGAAACAUAGCCUUCUUCUCCACCAACUGUGUUGAGGGUACUGCCCACGGUGUCGUAGUGGGGACAGGAGAUCGCACAGUGAUGGGACGUAUUGCUACCCUGGCCUCUGGGCUGGAGACAGGCCAGACUCCCAUAAACAUGGAGAUUGAGCACUUCAUCCGCCUGAUCACCGGCGUGGCUGUGUUUCUGGGGGUGUCCUUCUUCAUCCUGGCCGUCGUCCUAGGGUACACCUGGCUGGAGGCCGUCAUCUUCCUCAUUGGCAUCAUUGUGGCCAAUGUCCCGGAGGGACUGCUGGCCACCGUCACUGUUUGUCUCACCCUCACAGCCAAGCGGAUGGCAAAGAAGAACUGCCUGGUCAAGAAUUUGGAAGCUGUUGAAACUCUGGGUUCUACCUCUACCAUCUGCUCCGACAAGACAGGGACUCUGACCCAGAACCGCAUGACAGUGGCCCACAUGUGGUUUGACAACAUGAUCCAUGAGGCCGACACAACCGAGGACCAGUCUGGUGCUACAUUUGACAAGACAUCACCUACCUGGCAGGCCCUAGCUCGUGUCGCUGGACUGUGUAAUCGCGCUGAGUUCAAAGCUGGACAGGAAAACAUUGCCAUCCUUAAGAGGGACACUGCUGGUGAUGCUUCAGAGAAUGCUUUGUUGAAAUGUAUUGAGCUCUCCUGUGGGUCUGUACGCUCCAUGAGAGACAGAAAUCCCAAGGUCGGAGAGAUUCCCUUCAACUCAACAAACAAGUAUCAGCUGUCCAUUCAUGAACAAGAAGAUAAUGAAAAGAGCCACCUACUCGUUAUGAAGGGAGCACCUGAGAGAAUUUUGGACAGGUGUAGUACCAUCAUGAUUGAAGGUCAGGUGCUACCACUGGAUGAAGAUUGGAUUGAUGCUUUCCAGACAGCCUACAUGGAUCUGGGAGGGCUGGGAGAGAGAGUUCUAGGGUUCUGUCACUUGCAACUGUCUCCAGACCAGUUUCCUCACGGAUUUGUGUUUGACUGUGACCUGGUCAACUUUCCUGUAGAGGGGCUGUGUUUUUUGGGUCUCAUGUCCAUGAUUGACCCUCCCCGUGCUGCUGUGCCCGAUGCUGUGGGGAAGUGCCGCUCUGCUGGGAUAAAGGUUAUCAUGGUGACAGGUGACCACCCCAUCACUGCCAAAGCCAUUGCUAAAGGCGUGGGUAUCAUCUCAGAAGACAACGAGACGGUGGAGGAUAUCGCUGAAAGACUAAAUAUUCCCCUGAGUCAAGUCAAUCCCAGGGAUGCCAAGGCAUGUGUGGUGCACGGUGGGGACCUGAAGGACAUGAGUGCAGAAUACUUGGAUGACCUGCUCAGGAACCACACUGAGAUAGUGUUCGCCCGCACCUCGCCUCAGCAGAAACUUAUCAUCGUAGAGGGCUGCCAGAGAACGGGGGCGAUUGUUGCGGUCACUGGGGACGGAGUGAAUGAUUCGCCUGCACUGAAGAAGGCUGAUAUUGGGGUUGCCAUGGGGAUCGCCGGAUCUGAUGUCUCCAAACAGGCUGCUGACAUGAUCCUUCUGGACGACAACUUUGCCUCCAUCGUCACAGGGGUGGAGGAAGGUCGUCUGAUCUUUGAUAACUUGAAGAAGUCCAUUGCGUACACCCUGACCAGCAACAUUCCAGAGAUCAGCCCCUUCCUCCUCUUCAUCCUGGCCAGUAUUCCCCUGCCGCUGGGAACGGUCACCAUUCUUUGUAUUGACCUGGGGACUGACAUGGUUCCAGCGAUCUCAUUGGCCUACGAGACAGCUGAAAGUGACAUCAUGAAGCGUCAGCCACGGUGUCCAAAGACAGACAAGCUGGUGAACGACAAACUGAUCAGCAUGGCCUACGGACAGAUAGGUAUGAUCCAGGCUAUAGCCGGCUUCUUUACCUACUUUGUGAUCCUGGCUGAGAAUGGCUUUUGGCCACAGACCCUCCUGGGCAUCCGUCUGGAUUGGGAUGACCGCUUUAACAAUGAGCUGGAGGACAGCUAUGGCCAGCAAUGGACCUAUGAGCAGCGUAAAAUCGUUGAAUUCACCUGUCACACCUCGUUCUUCGUGAGCAUUGUGGUGGUGCAGUGGGCCGAUCUAGUUAUCUGCAAGACCAGGAGGAACUCUGUAUUCCAGCAGGGCAUGAAAAAUCGUAUCCUGAUCUUUGGGUUGUUUGCUGAGACCGCUCUGGCAGCCUUCCUGUCUUACUGCCCAGGAAUGGACAUCGCCCUCCGCAUGUACCCCUUGAAGGUUUCCUGGUGGUUCUGUGCCCUCCCCUACAGUCUCCUAAUCUUCAUUUAUGAUGAGGUCCGCAAGCUAAUCAUCAGGAGGAGUCCUGGAGGUUGGGUGGAACGAGAGACUUAUUAUUAACAUUCAGAAAAUGCUUAUUGGGAGUUUGAAAAUCUCACAGUCUGUGUGAUACUGUGUGAGUAAGAGUUCAUGCGACAUCUGAGUAAGCAAAGAACCAAGCUUCUAAGUGUUUCAAAAUUGCAUUUUGUCUUUGAAAGUAAGAAACAAUGGGUGGCAGGUUGUGGUCUUCGAAAACAUGUCUACACUUCCACUGUAUAUCCAGUUUUUGUAUGUGUGUGUGCUUGUAUGAGUGUGUGUUUGUCUGUUUGUCAAUUGAUAUUUUAUUGCAUGGAUCAGUACACAAUUCUGGUUAUUACAGAGAAUACUACUCCAAAUAAGCUUGAAAUUGUGAUUGAUAUUUCUGAGUUUACCAAAUUUCAAUUAUUGUCCUAGAAAUGUAAAGCUAACAAGAUGUUGCAAAAUGGCUAUAGCGUGUUAAUCAACCCUAAAAAAAGAAUCCACCAAAUAAAAUGUAUUUAAAAAACAAAAC